AUGGUGAAGAAAUUAUAUGAUUACUGUGAAAAGAGGGAUCAUUUACGUAGUGCAAUAGAUGAUAAAAAAGAAAAAUAUAAAGACUUGAUUUAUUUACCACAUUUAAAAUACUACAUAUGUGAUGUUCCAUACUUGCACGAAAUACUAAAUUAUCCCAAGUAUGCAUUUUUGGAAGUUAUUCUACGGAAAAAAAAACGAAAAAGUAGUAGCAGAAAUAAUAUAGACAUGGAUACAAACAACGUUUUGUUUAAUAUUCUCCUAAUCAAUAAGUAUCUAAUACAUGGAAAUGAGAGCACUAGUUGA